UUUUUUUUUUUUUUUUUUUACACUAGUGUGGCAUCUGCAUAGAUCUUACAGUGGCCAUCUUGGUAAAGAGUCGGCUGGAGUUAAACUAAACACUGCGUUGUUUGAAGAGUGUGAGAGUGGUAUGGAGUAUAAUGCAGGGUUAAUUUAUUGUUUAGGGCAGUGGUUUCCAAACAGGGAUACUUAGCAGUUACCAGAACUAGAGACAGCUUCUCAAAUGGGAGGAUAAGGCUGCUUUUCUGCAUCAUAUAUCAUAGUAAACUGAACGUAUUUGGGCUUUGGACUUUUGGUCAGACAAAACAAGGCAUUUGAAGAUGUCACCUUUGGUUUUUCAAGAGCAUUUUUCACAACUUUAUGACAUUUCAUAGGCUUAACAAAUAAUCUAAAAAAACAACCAGGGGAUUAAUUGAGAGUUAUAGACACAUAACUGGGAUUACAAAUUGGUGUUAGGCUGAUCUUUAGUAUAUUUAUUGUCAUAAUAAUCAAUAAACUACGUGCCUCCCACCAACCGGAGUCAGUUGUAACACCGUAACAUCACCAAUCGGAUUGAGAGUUUGUGAAACCGAGGUUGUAUGGGAGCAGAAAUAGACAGCUCAAAGUAAUACAAGAUAGAUUUAUUGAUCAUUUUAAAACCCAGGCUUGUAUAAUGAGAUUUUGUUUUGUAGUUCCCUUUAUGAUAAAUUAUAUACAAUAGAUCAGUGAAUAAAUAAUAAAUCAUAGAAAUAAUAAGUCAUAGAAAUGAAAACUAUUUUACAUGGUGGAGUGCUGAGGAUGAAUUAAGUAGUCUCACAGCCUGAAGGAAGAAGCUGCUCUGUAAUCUGGUGCUACGGCAGCGGACACUUCUGUAUCUCUUGCCAGACGGCAGCAGGGUGAACAGCUGGCUGGGUGGGCACUGUCCUUUAGUAUCCUUUGGGCUCUGUGCAGGCACCUCACCUCACGGAUAUCACUGAUGCUUGAUAGGUUGGGACCAAUGAUCUUCUGAGAAAAAUGGUUGAAACAUCUAACUUCUGCCACUCCAAGUGGUAUUUUUAGCCAAACCCACUGGAAAAAGAAAACAGAGACCAAGCUUAAUCGAGAAUUCCAGUAUUAUUAUGUCUUUUAUGAUAAAAAAAAUAUGACAACAGUAUGCACUUUUAUGCAAUUAAUAGUAGAUCUGAAACAAUUAAUUGAUUAAUUAAGUGGGUGACUAUUUUAAGUCAUUUUUCUACUUCUGCUUUACUGCGAUUUAUAUAAUUGUAAACUCUUAUCUUUUGGUUUUGGACUACAAAACAAGCAAUUUUAAGAUGUCACCCUUAGCUUACAUAAAUUGUUAGAGGCAUUUCUCACUAUUUUCAGACAUUUAAUAGACAAUCUAUUAAUCGAUCAAGAAAAUAAUGAAAAUAAUUUUUAGUUGCAGCCCUAUUUAAUAAUGUUAAAUAACAUCCUGUUUAUAAUCAGUUCAAAAGAACACAUUUGGAACAUGAUGAGUAGUGUUGGUGAAGGGGUUACUGCUUUUUCUUUGGCUUUUAGGGACAUCAGACAAAUUAUUUUUUUUAGAUUUAGUUGUUAAGCUCCUUCCCCUGUAGACCACAAUACAGCCAUGCAUUCCAGUUCAGUCAUUCAGAUUCACUGAACACCUGUGCAGCACCAUAGCAGGGCUGUUUCCCUGCUGUAUUAAAUGAAUUUAAAAGGGCUCCAAAAUGAAAUACUAAUGGAAUGUAAAGCUAAUCUAAAUAUGCUAAUCCCUAAACACUUCAUAAACAUACACAGCAACAGUCCGCCACCCACUCUCUGUAGUCGCUCGCUGUGGAAUGCUUUAGCCACAGGGGGUCUAGCAGUAAUGACAGGCUUGUGGUGGAUUAAUGUGGAGUUAUUUAUUUCCGAUUGAGCGAGUCCCCCUCCCACUCAUAUCCCAGACCCCCCCGCCCCCUCCCUUUUUAGCAGUUAGGCCGGGUCUCCAUGACUCCUGGAGAUACUCCGAACGAGCAGUCUUAGACGUUCUGUUAAUGCAGUCCGCCUUGCUAACAUGCCCAGACCACCGCCGACAGGCCUCACACUGCAUUCUGGGAUAUCUUCAGUCCUUUACCUGCUCUUAGCUAAUUACUUUUUAGCUGCGCACUCGCACAAUAAUUGGUCUUGUGCUGCUGCCUCCCCACCCUCUGCUGCUCCAAGUGCUAGUUUGAGCACUUUUUUCUCCCCUCUGUGUCGUCCUUAUUCCCCUGUUUUUUAUCGUCCUCCAAAAAGCCAUCCAAUUAAUAUGCUAAUGAGCUGAUAAAUAUUUAUAGGGGUUUAAAUUAUGCAGAAAGCUUUCAGAGCCCGGUGUGAAAUGCGUCGCUCGCAGGACUUCAAAGCCUUGCAUUGCUAACGAGGCAGGGGCAGAUUUGCAUACGGCUUUAAUCAGCUGAAUACUGAUUAUGCUUCAUUAUAGAGUUGGAGGAAGGGGAGCAGAGUUGGAGGAGGCCGCCAGCUGCACUUGUCGUUUGUUUCAUUCCAGCAAGAGGGAGAGGGUGAACUUUUUGAGAAGUAUAGACAAUCUUGGCAAAAGAGAGAGAGAGAGAGAGAGAGGGAGAGGGAGGGAGAAAGAAAUGGAGAGCGAAGUAGGCUCUGUAAAAGAGAGAGGGGCAGAGCUAUAAGAAAAGAAAAGAGUACAGAGAGAGAGGGAAGGAGAGCUGUUUGCCUAAACCCUGUUGGCUUUCCCAGUGUGCGUAUCCCAGUGUUAUUCACUGAACCGUGCAGUGGACAGUGCCACUGUGUCUGUGUGUCGCUCUGGUUGUAUUGAACUCUGCUCGCUGCUGACCAGUGGAGUGAAGAGAGGGAGGAGUGGGAGGAGGAACAGAGCGCCGGACACCCUGUCAGUGGGUUUGCCCGGCAGAGGCAAUUUUCCAUGAUAGGUUCUGCAACCAUGCUGGAAAACACAGGUGGAGCAAGAGCGGAUGCUAAAGUGAAUAAUCAGUCAGAAACUACUAAAUGUGCAAUGGAAAGUGGUGACGGGAACACCGGAAUCCAAACCAAUGGAUUGGACUUUCAUAGGCAGAUGGUGCCAACCACAAGUGCAAUCACUAAUGCACAUGCACAAGCCCUCCUCCAACAGUCUAAGUCGGAAGACUCGAGUGCUCUUCCGACCUCCGUCCAGCAGAGCGUAUUGCCUCAAACCCAGCUAAUGUUGGCCGGGGGACAGAUUGCUGGAUUGACCCUAACCCCAGCGCAGCAGCAGCUGUUGAUCCAGCAGGCUCAAGCUCAGCUCCUGGCUGCAGCCGUGCAGCAUUCAGCCAGCCAGCAGAACAGCACCACUGGAGCCAGCAUCUCAGCCUCUGCAGCCACACCCAUUACCCAGCUGCCCCUGUCACAGCCCAUCCAGAUCGCCCCUAAUCAACUGCUGACUGUCUUUCUGGAAAAUCAGCAGCUACAGCAGCAGAAUCAUCUAAGUCUGCCUCAGUUUGUUCUGGUGCAGCCUGGCCACCCGAUCGCCACAUCACUGCAGCCCGCUCAGUUCAUCAUCUCACAGACACCGCAGACCCAACAGGGCAUAUUGCAAGCCCAGAGUCUUCUAACUCAACUACCUCAAAGCCAAGCUAACCUCCUGCCAACUCAACCAAGCAUCACCCUUGCAACUCAGCCUGCAACUCCAACCCGCACAACAGCAGCCACACCUAUUCAGUCCCUGCCCCACAGUCAGACACCACCCAAACGGUUGGAUACCCCCACUCUGGAGGAGCCUAGUGAUCUGGAGGAACUGGAACAGUUUGCCAAGACCUUCAAACAGAGGCGUAUCAAACUGGGCUUCACACAGGGGGAUGUCGGCCUGGCCAUGGGGAAGCUGUAUGGAAAUGACUUCAGUCAAACUACCAUCUCUCGCUUUGAGGCCUUGAAUCUGAGCUUUAAGAACAUGUGCAAACUCAAGCCAUUACUGGAGAAGUGGCUCAAUGAUGCAGUUUGUGCAGAGAACCUGACAUCUGACCAGUCCCUGUCCAGCCCCAGUGCCCUGGGCUCCCCGGGCAUGGGCAUAGAGGGGAUUAACCGCAGACGGAAGAAGAGGACCAGUAUUGAGACCAACAUCCGAGUGGCCUUAGAAAAGAGCUUUCUGGAGCAGAACCAAAAACCUACCUCUGAGGAGAUCACCAUGAUCGCUGACCAGCUCAACAUGGAGAAGGAGGUGAUUCGGGUCUGGUUCUGCAAUCGCCGGCAGAAAGAAAAGAGGAUUAACCCACCCAGCAGUGGUAACAGUGGUGGAGGCAACACCCCCAUCAAAACCAUCUUUACCCCCAGUAGCCCUUUGGUGGCCAGCACAGCAAGCCUUGUGAGCAGUCCAACUAUUAACACACCCACCACUCUGACUGUAAACACAGUGAUGCCUCUUACCACCACCAGCGUCUCCAGUUUGUCUUUCACAGGCACAAACACAGCAUCCGUCAUCUCCACUGCACCUAUGGUUACUACAGCAACCAGCUCUCCGUCUUUAAGCCCGUCGCCAACAACUAUUCAGUCCACGACCACAGAGAGCAAGGCUGGCACUCAGGCGCAAACCAUCUUCACCCAGGCGCCUACCUCCUUGGCCACCACUUUAGGGACGGGUCAGGUGAUGGUGACGGCUCCAGGGUUGUCCGCGGCGCUGCAGGGUGCUGCCCAGUUACCCACCAGUGCCAGCUUUGCUGCUAUGGCUGCUGCUGCUGCAGGGCUCAACCCAGGACUGAUGGCCUCUUCCCAGUUCGCUCCAGGGGGGGCCCUGCUCAGUCUGACUCCUGGUGGCCUUGGCAGUGCACUGAGUCCUGCCCUCAUGAGCAACAGCACCCUAGCUACCAUCCAAGCUCUGGCAUCGAGCGGCACAAUCCCCAUCACUUCUCUGGAUGGCAGUAACCUGCUGUUCGCCAACACCUCUGCUGGUAACACGCCCAACCUGGUGACCACGCCGCUCUUCCUGAACCCCCAGAACCUGUCGCUGCUCACCAGCAACCCCGUCAGCCUGGUGUCGGCGGGGGCGGGGGGGCUCCAGGUCACUGCCGAUGGUCAUCAUCAAGCCACCACGGCUGCUGUGCCUGUGCAAGCCUCGACCAUUACCACUGCCUCCAAGGCUCAGUGAAGCCAGUCGAGCUGCAUCCUGAAUAACGCCCUAUUUUUUAUGUCGUGCACUACUCCUAUCACACCACGUAGGGAAUAGGGAGGUCGUUUAAUAUAGGCUCUGCGCUUCACUAACCACCCCACAUUAUUUCCAUUGUAUCUAUCAUUAUUUAAUUCUUUUGCUGCCACCAAAAAGAAAACAACCUCAAGUGAGGUUGAGGUUGACUUUUUGUUUUUUUAGUUUGUUUCCUGUCUUUUCCUUUAUGAUUCUUGGAAGUUUUAUUUUUUUUUCCUUUUUCACAAACAGUAGCCAGAUGGACACUGUUGUUGGCCUGCCGCUCCUCAUGAACCUUGACAAGUGUCCAGGAAGAAAAAUAUCCUCGGCACCAUCAAGCUGUUCACAUUUUGUAUAUAUAUAUAUAUCCUCCUAUUUCCAGGUCAGAAUUUUCUCUGAAAUACUUCUAACCAAAAACUUUAGGAUUUUGCUCUUUUAACAUUCAGACUAAACUGAUUUACUACUAAUUUCACAAUAUUCAUCAUCACUAAUGGGGAUUUGUGUGUCACCCCAUGUUUAAUGAUCUCUUUUGGGUUUUUUCGACAGGCCUUUGAUGUAAAUCAUAUCAAAGUUAUAUUGUAGAGACUUUUUUUCUUUAUCUUUGCUGUCUAUAUUUUUUGACAUUUUCAGAACUUUGUAAUUCUAAUAUUAAGUUAAGAUUUAACUAUCAAUUUUUAAUCGUGGUUAUAAGGCUUUAAAAACAAGUAAUAAGUGGCCGAUAUAAAGGUUAUCGUUGCUUUAAGGGUCGGAGGGACCAGAUGUGUCUCUCUGAGUCUCUCUUUCUGGAAACACUGAGUUUUACAUUUCGCUGUGGUGGCGAAGUAACCACAGAGCUUUUGUAAAAUGACGGUCUAGGUGUGGAUCAUAGACACUGAUAGAAAAUGACUGAAAACAUUGAGAGCUUUAAAAAGAGCUGCAGACAUGCAGUCCCAUGUCCGAUUAAGGGUGAUUUGUUUUGGAUGGUGGUCCCUUGGAAGACUGUAUAUUAUGUUUGGAUUCAGAGGUAGAAGUUAGAAGUCUGCAUGUGUUGUCUACAGUUCAGGCAGAUGCUGAGAGUUCAGUUGACUGCGUGAUCCACAAGGCUCUGCGGCGGACUGGUCUGUUUUGAGGAGGACUAGUCACGGGGCAUGGCCAUCAUACCAGAUGUAUGGUGGCAUUGGCUAGAUGGGGUUAUUGUAUUGUGUUUUUGUUUUCUUUUUUAAUAGUAGUACCGUCGUAUCUACUUGUGCACAGUAUCUGUACCAAAAAACUGGAUUGAUGAGCUGCAGUCUGCCUGUUUUGGGAGGAAUGAAAUUUUUUUUUUUUUUUUUUUUUUUUUGGUCUGCAGUCAUUUGACUGGCUUACGUACUUUAAGAUAUACCAAAAAUAUUUGUUAAAAUAAUUGCUGUGUAGUUGGUGUAGCUUAGUCUAGUCAAUAUAUUUAUGAGUACAGAAUCUCUCUUCAUUCUCAACAGAAUAUAGAAAUGCAAUAUUUUAAUGAUCAUUUUCCAAAGAUGACCUUUUUUUUUGUUUUAAUUUGACCAAGUGUCUCAUAGCUCAGCUUUUUAAUUGGCAGCACAACUGACCAAAAAGAGAGGGAUUGGUGGGUUGGGGCAUGAGAAAGUAGUUUCCUUUUACUCUUUUUGAAUCGGUUUUUAUCACCGGGCCCUCGCCCCUAAUACCUGAUCCUGUUUUUUUUUUUUUUUUUUUUUUUGCCAUUUGAUGGCUUGUUUUCCUUUUUCAUAUGUUUUGGCCAUUUUGAUAGCAGUUUUGGACUUUUCUGAAGCAUAAUUGAAAGGUUCAGUUUUUUUGGUUUUGUACUAAUAUUCAGCCAUAAAACAACAGCUUGAACCAAAGUGGUUUUCCUCAGUAGUUGCUGUGCCUGUCCGAGCACACAAGUUGCCGUUCACACGAUCUCUAACUCUCCACACUACUGACAAAUUAUUUUCCUCCUUGGUCAAUGCCUGAUAUUCCUGAUUUGGUGCUGCUGGAUAAGGAUCACAGAAACCUAGCUUUAACAACUUGCUGUUGAAACUCCUGGUGGAGUUGAGCUGUUGAGAAGCCUGCAUGCUUUCCUAUAGCUUUAUGACUACAGCCUGAAAAUCAGGUUUUGUAGUUUUAGACCCUCCCGUCCAGAGGGCUCACCUAUGUGAAUGCAUAGAUCUGAUCAUCAGAUAACAUACUACUCGUCCUCUCAGCAUUUCGAACCAGCAUGUUAUGAAACAAUAUGCUACUCCCUAAAUCUGUCUGUGGACUAGUUUUAAAACCUUCCAAAUUAUCUUACCCAACACAGUGUUGGGCUAAGUACUGUUAUGUGCUACACAUUCAGCUAAACCCCACAUAAAAGUAGCAUUGUUCUGCUGCUUUCAAAUAACAAAAUGAAUUACCACAGUGAAAUCACUGAGACUGUAAGCAGUGAAAUUUGUCCACAUUAUCCUCUUGUGUACUUCUUUUCUGUUGUCGAAUUAUUUUGACUGAAUAUACCUCAGCAGCACUUAAACAUAAGGUUCACCUUUAGACAUUUCUGUGUAUAGAACAGUGUAGAAUGUAUAAGUACUGUCUGGCUUGCCAUUCAAAAUUUAUACUGAUGAACCAUACAUAGGAACCAUACAUAAAAUGACAACCUACUACUGCUAUUUUCUAGUACUACUAUUUAUGGGGUAUUUCCAGGUUUUAAUAUUAUUUUGAGAUCCUUCUUGCCAAAGUAAAAGCCUUUCUCUUUGCAGCUAGCGGGUGUCUGGCUGCUCAUGUUGCUGGUUUCCCCGUCUCUUAAGGCCAUAACGGGCCUAAAGGACUCAGUCCUGUUCCAGUGCUGUUUGUAGUUACUAAAGAGUUGAACAUGUGCUAGCAAGAUGAACCAGUUGCCAUCGGCACCAUAGGAUGUUACUGAAAUAUUUAUCUGAGGAAAGACUUAAGAAUUAGAGAAACGAUCUUUUCUUAAUUCUAUACAUAUAAAUAUAUAUAUAAACACUUGUAAGAUAUUCAUAUUUUAUAUUUGAACCAGUAUGUUAUCAAGACUGAAUGUAGUGUUUAUCAUGCUUACUCAAAAAAAAAAAAUCCCCCCCUAAAUCUUCCUUUUUAUUAUUGCAAAAUAGGAUUUUUUUUAAACUGUCAAGACCAAAAAAUAAGAGAAGUAAUCUGAGACCACGCCUCGGAGGUGCGUGAGUCGCUGACACCUGUGUCUGUCGUGUAUCUGCGAGGUCUUUUCAACAGGAGAGGCUUGCUCAGGCGCUCCUGACUCUGAAGCAUCUGAUCUUAAUCUUUUAAUAGAUUUUUUUUGUUUGUUUGUUUGUUUUGGUUGAGUCAUUGUGGACUUGAUUUGUUGUGCUGUCUUUAACAAUCAUUUGAUUUCUUUAAAAAAAAACUUUAUGCCUUUAAUUGUUUUGUAUAGUGUGAGAGGGCAAGAUCACUGGCUUUCGUAGUUUGACAAAGAAGAUUAACAUUAUCAUUUAUGCCUUAUUGUUACGUAGAAGACAUGAGCAUUGUAGCAUUGGUGUGUGUGUGUGUGUGUGGGUGAGAGAGAGAGAGAGAGAGAGAGAGAGAGAGCUUGAACGUUGAGCUCACCUGGUGCAUUGUUUUCACUGAAACAAUACAGUGUACUUUGGGCAUUUUGGAGCGUGAUUAUGUUGCUACCUAUGUUUUUUAGGUGAGACUCAGACAGGUUGACGAUACCUGUGAGAAAAGCUUUACUAAUAAUUCCAGCAGGUGUGUGUGUGUGUGUGUGUGUGUGUGUGUGUGUGUGUUAAAAACGAGAGAAGAGGGAGGGCAGUCUACAAACCAUUGUGGUGCAUUUUUUUUCCAUCUUCCAGCAGGUGUUUGAGAGUGAGUUUUAAAAAAAGAAAAAAAAAAGAAAUGGUGAGACAUGAGAGUAGUUAUAUUUGUUUUUGUCCAGAGGGGGUCUCUGCUGAUUAACUAAAGCCUAUAAGCAAGCCAGUAUUUGGUUUAUAAAGGUAAAACUACAGUUUGUGGUCAUACUUCUCUACUAAUGUCAACAGAUGAUCUUUUUAGCACUGGCUUGGCUUUAAUGCUUUAGUUUCAUUACAUGAGAUUUCAAGAUGUUCUUGUGGAUCAGCCAUGCAUCAAGUUGCAGUAUGUCGACCCACCACACUGGUUUGCUGGUUUUUUAACGUUGACGAAGGAAGUGUGGAGCACCAGUAAGGCAAAAUGGAGCUGUUGUAUACCUCAUUUCUAACUCAAGACUGAGUGAAACCUGCUUUAAUCUACUUAAGAAAUACAAAUAUUAAAAAAAAAAAAUCACAAAAAAAAAAUUAUGAAAAUACACAAACUUGUGUCAGUGGAGAAGCCCGUUCAUACCUGUACUUCGUGAAGGGGUUGCGAAAAAUGCCACCACAAGGGGAAGACAGAAUACAUACCAGUACUCAUGAAUGUCUGCUGUUUUUCUUUCACAAUUUGGUGUUUUUAUGCUGCACACUGAUGUAUUUCAGCAUUGGAUGGAAAUGAAUUGUUGUAACUUGAGAUAAAAGUUUAUUUUUAAUGUAUUGUAUUCCUUUACUGUCAGUUAAAAGUUACUUUUCGUUAUAUAAAUAGACCACCCCUCCAUGUUUGAACACUUUAAGUUUGACAAUCCUGUUUUGUUUUUUUUGUUGUUUUUUUUUUAGGAUUUUUUAGAAUAUAUAAAAAAUAUAUAUCAUUUGUUUUCACUCUGACCAGGUACAGGUAUGUACUUGUCUUCCCAUAUGGCGGUGCACUGUCGCAAGCCCGCUCUCGCUUUCCUGUGGUACCAACAUUAACCAAAGACUUCUAACUUGAUUGUAUAUGAACGACACCCAUCUCCCGCCCCAUCCCUGCCUCACUGCUCAGCAUCAAGUCCCGGCUGCACGCUCUCACCCGAGUCCUCAAUUCAUCUGUAAAGCUUUUUAUUGCAUGCAAAUGUGUAUCCGCCCGGAAACACGCCGGCAUCCUGUCGGUGCUGCGGUUUCAGUGCCUGUGGGCGGGGAUCGGAGGGGGCGGGUUGAACAGGGGCUGAGCGGGCUUCUCCGACAGACACGAACCAAUCUGGUGGUAGCUGGGUGAUGUUUAUUAAUACACACUGAGGGUUGAUCCUGUGCACACUGUACAUGCUCAGGACUCUGUAUGUUUGUCUGUAUUGAGUGCUGUUGCUAGGAUGUUCCCCCUCCACUCUCUCUCUCUCUGUCUCUCUCUCUCUCAAGGACUGUGGUGAAAAUGCUGUUCCUGCCUCUCACAGUGUGUCUGUCUCUUCCUCAUCAUCUGUACACUGUAUAGUCCCAGGACAUUUACCCUGUUGUCUCCAGGAAUACACAUCCUGCGGUCACUAAAACUCAAUGCUGUGUCGCCAUUCCUCCUCCACCUCCUCCCUUGUCCCUUCUUCUGCUCUCUCCUUUGACAUCGUCUCACCACUACAGACUCUGAUCAGCUGUGACACUAUGCAUCAUGGUCCUUCACUCUGCAUGGACUGUGUCCCUCCGGCUCAAAACUCUGGCCGACGGGCUUCAGUGACACUUUCUUUAAUGCUUUACUCCAAGUGAGGUUGUAGGACCUCACAAGCGCUAUCCCAAAGCAAAAAUCCAAAUAUUUAACUUUUGACAAAUGCAGAUACCAAAGAUAUCUCUCUGUCCUGUGUCUUUCUCUCGCUGUUUUUCUCUCCCGUCCACCCUGCAGCAUGUGUAUUAAGAGACAAACCCAGCACUGGCUUUAGUCCUAGCCUCAGUAAUUCCAAAGCUUAGAUGUAUAUUUUGGUAUAUUUCUGAGAAAAACUUGCGUGAAAAGCGUCUGUUUCUCGUUUGUUUGUUGUAAUCUCUUUUUUCUGUCACAGCAUGGAACUAAUUGCAGAACUGUCUUACUCUUGGUAGGUUAAAGAUAUAGUAUUUUUGUAUGUUUUUGGGUGUGUCAUGUGUGUGAUUUAUCAGUUCACAGCCCAAGUGACCAUGGCUUUUAACAAGAGAGAAAAUGAGGAGAAAAAAAAACGCCAACCAUGUACAUAUUACGUCUGUGUUUCAAGAAAUGCAUUCUGUAAAACAUUCUCACGUAGGAAGCUUGGGCUCAUCUAAAGGAAUGUGUCCCCGAUUUUAUUUCCCUUUUUUUAAUUCUGCAGUCUGAUAAGAAUUGUCUUUCCAGGACUGUAAUGUAAACAGUUCUGGUUCCCAUCGUGGACAACAGCUCUGAGGGACACUGCUCUGAUCUGACUACAAGAAAAUAACUAACAAACACAAAAACCUGCCUCCAGUUAUGGCAGCAUAAAACUGAAAGAUUGUGUAGAAGUUUUAAGUAUGUGAAUCAGGAUACAUAGUAGGUUUUGAUGCAUUUGUCUGCUGUAUUUUUGUUUGUUUUGUUUUUAUACACAUAUAAAGAUAAUCUUUUACUGUUAAUGUACAGUUCUCUUUUGUUGUAAACAUCAUUAAACCAUUUUCCAGGUG